UUGACUGACAUUUGACAGUCUGUUGUGUACGGUGGUGGUGUGGUGUUAACGGGUUGUCAACUUGUAAACUUGUUAAUUUGUAACAUUACACAAUGGAUUCUUACGAAAGUGUUUUACUCGUGAAACCGGAAGUAUUCGUCUUCAACAUACCCCCCAGGUCUUCCAACAGAGGCUACAGAGCUGCGGACUGGAACCUAGCCGAGCCUUCAUGGACGGGCCGCAUGCGAUUAAUCUCGAAAGGCAACGAAUGUGCAAUCAAACUAGAAGACAAAAACAGCGGCGAACUUUUCGCGAAAUGCCCCAUCGAAACAUAUCCAGGCGUCGCCAUCGAGCCCGUCACAGACUCUUCCCGGUACUUCGUUCUUCGCAUCCAGGACGACAACGGCAGAAUGGCUUUCAUUGGGAUCGGGUUCGGGGAUAGAUCGGACUCGUUUGACUUGAACGUGGCGCUGCAAGACCACUUCAAGUGGCUCAAGAAAGAGAAACAGAUUAGUGAGGAACCAAACAAACCGGCGCUAGAUUUAGGGUUCAAGGAAGGCGAGACUAUUAAGAUAAACAUGAAAAUCACUAAAAAAGAUGGGUCUGAAGGUAGUUCACGGACUAAGUUGAAAUCUGGGAAUGGGGGCGGGCUGGGUUUGUUGCCGCCUCCACCCAGCGGGAAAUUACCGGCGCCUCCUGGAAGCUCGCCGGCUGGCUCUCCAGCGCACGCACCUAAAGUUGACAACACCACUGGGGAAUCAUGGGGUGAAUUUGCCUCUGCACAAGGAAGUGCUACCACACCAGUUCCUCCAUCAGCAAAUAGCAAUUGGGUACAAUUUUAAUUCUUGUAAGAUAGAUGUUAUUCUACUGUUAGUUGGUAGAUCUUCUCCAAGUAGUGAAUCUAGUGUCUGGUAACAUGUUGUGAUUCACUGCAAUAUCAUUUCUAGAAGAAUGAAUCAUAUUUUUAUUGCAGAGAUACUGUAUUAUAUUGUAUAGUGAUAACUAUAUAUACACUAAUAUUAUGACAAUGUGGAGAUUUAUUGUUUAAAGUUAAAGUAUAAUAUAUUGUGCUUAAAUAUUAUAGUAUUUAUAAGAGUUAUAACUUAUUGAUGUAUCAAAACAUUUUUAUUACAUGUUUUCUUUCACUGUUUGAAUUAAGUCGACUGUUGAACAAAAUUAUGCACAUUCCAAAUGUUUAGUUUAGAAGGACUAGAACCUUCCAAUAUUAAUAAAAGCGUUUUCAGUUA